ACAACAAAACCAAACGCACGUGGAAAUCUGUUGAUUAUUGCAUUGAAAAAAUAUUUAAAAAAAUUAAAAUUUUCACAAUGUUGAAAAGCAAAAAGCGUGUCGCUGAUAAGACUGGGACUUCUGAUGAACCUUUGAAAAAGAAGACAAACAAUGAAAGCUCUAACAACAGUAAACCUUCUAAGUUUAGUAAGCCAACGAAGCCAUCUAAUGGUAGCGGCGGAAAACCCAUGGACAAGUUUCAGGGCAAAAAUUUUUCCGGUAAACCUAGUAAUUUUGCUGAAAAACCAAAUAAAUUCGCCAGUAGGCCUGGAAAUAAAUUUGCGGGCAAACCAAAGUUUCCCAUGAAACAGGAAGAAGGCGCUAAUAACAAUAAAGGCGAAAAGACGGACUGGAACAAGUUCAAACAAGAGAAAAAAGACCUCAAGAUGAAACGUAAACAAGGCAAGGACACCUAUGAGAUAUCAAUUGAGGCCAAACAGAUCUACGAAAAACUGAAAUGUCGUAAGACUGAAAAGAAAGCGGAAUUGGUGGAGAAACUUUUUAAUCUAUUCAGCACCGGGGACACAAUCAAAAAGGUGGUAAUGGCCCAUGACACUGCCCGUGUUAUACAGUGCAUGCUUAAAUUUGCCUCACCAUCAGUGCGUGAACAACUAUCGGAACGUCUCAUGCCUCUGGCAGUGGAAAUGUCCAUAUCAAAAUAUGCCCAUUUUUGUGUACUACGUAUGUUCAAGUAUGGAUCACCGGUCACCAAGAGCAAGCUGGUCGAUGCCUUUUAUGGAAAUAUUGUAAAAUUAGCAUGUCACAAUAUAUCGAGUAAGAUUUUAGAUCAUGUGUACCUUACGGUGGCCAAUGCGAAGCAAAAAAUAUACAUGCGCCAGGAAUUCUAUGGAGAUUUGUAUAAAAAAACCAAAGAUGACAAGGUAAAGACAAUGGCAGAUUGCUACAUGGAGACCCCCGUAAUGAAAGCUUCAAUUUUAAGUGCUGUCAAAGCCAAUUUAGAACAUGUAUCCAAUAAACAAUUGGUGGACAAUUCUUUGGUGCAUGCCAUAAUGUUGGAAUAUGUAAAAGAAAUGGAAGAGGAUAAGGUGGAGGAGACGGUGACCAUGUUUGCGCCUCUUAUACCCUUAAUGUUGACCACCAAGGAUGGUUGUCAGGCUUCGAUUAUAUGUUUUUACAAAUCGACUCCGAAGAACAGAAGAGCCAUAAUUAAAACCAUCAAGGAGCAUUUGAUUAAAAUUUGCACCCAUGAGCAUGGCCAUCUAUUCAUAAUAGCCCUACUCAAUUCAUUGGAUGACACUAAAGCCACCAAAAAAGCCAUCUAUGAUACUCUACAUCCCGAACUGCAAACUUUGAUGGCCAAUCAAUGGGGUCGCCGUGUUAUAGAAUGGCUUAUAUCGCCUGGCGGUACCAGUUGCUUCCAUCCCACAUUUAUUGCCACCAUCGAAGAAGGCUUACAGUAUGGUAAAAAGGACAAAGAAGUAAGACGCAAAGAAAUUUUCGAACAAAUUGAAGAACCUAUCGCCUCUGCCAUUUCUGAGCAACCCGAAUUUUGGCUAUCUGAUAAACAUAUUGGCUUGGUGACUGGGGAAAUAUUGACUAGGUUAAGCUCGGAACAUUUUGUCAAAGCCUCAACGGCCUUGGCCAAACUCAUAGCCCAGCCAGAUUGGAGUGUUAGUGUGGAAGACGAAACAAAGGAAAAACAGAAGAAGAAGCCACAGGAUGUAGAGAAAAUUAUUGCAGAUGCCACAAAACAAAAAACCAAACAGAGAAAACAAGCCCAGAAAGCUUCAAAAACGCAGUACGAUAAUGCUGAUGGUGAGAGUGGUGAGGCAGAAGAUCAAGAUUCGGAUGACGAUGAAAAGGAGAAAGAAGAGAUUGCCACUGUUAAUGUAAUUGGCAUUGAGGAGGCCGGUCUCCAUAUUAUCCUUAAGAAAAUCAUUAAAAACGAUAAAGAACGUUUGGCCGCUGAUGCCGCAACACAAACAUUUGGCGGCCUUCUGGUUCAAGAAUUGUCAGAGGAAACUUUAAAAUCCUGGAUAAACAUUAAUCGAGCAUGUUUCAUUUUGCUAAAUAUUUUUGAAAACAAUUCCGAAGAUGUGCAACAACAACUAAGAAAUUUGUUGAAAAAGCAUUUAGCCCAGCUAAAGAAACAAAAAUUCAAUGGAGCCCAACUAUUGGUGAAAAAACUGAAUUAACCUUAUUACCAACUAGCUUUAGGAAACAUGUAAAACAAACUUAUUUUAAAUUAAAUAAUGUUUUAUUAAGUUAA